GGAAUUCAAAAGAAAUCAGCAACGCCACACAACAAAUAAUUUGGUGCAUUGGUAGUGUUUCGUAUUUUUUCCUGCGUCACUUUUGUACGUCUGUCUCUGGAAACUUAGACCCAGCUUCUUCUCUUUGUUUCAAACCACGACCGCUCUAACUUACGCGGAGGAAAUUCCUUUCACGAUUAUCAUGUCCACAUAAGCAGCGCAUUGCGGUACCUUUAUCAUUUUUUUGUCAUUCAAUUGUAAAGCCUGUUACGAUGCGCAUCCAUGAUUGUGGCUGUGAGCACUUGAGUUUGGUGUUGACGACAAUUACUUUUAUGUCGAGAGCAGGGGAGAAUAAGUAUCUGGUACGCAUAGGUUAUAAUCCUCAUUCUGCUUAUGAAACGGAGCUUGAGACUGAAAAUAACCUUACAAUGUCUGUAGAUUUCAUUUUUCUUAACGAAUUGGGUUUACGCCGACAUAAUUGCUCAUUGGUUUUGCUCAUGUAUCAUAUUUUGGUGCUGAUUCCAAGGUGGUAAAGUAGAUAUCAAGUAGAAAUCAACCGUGAAUCUGGUUUCCCUCGAAUAUGGCGACUUUUUCGCAAGGAGAGGCAGAGGGUGCCAAGCCUUUUGAAGCUGUCAUACGAAAUGAAGAGAAGGUCAUGAACCUCGAGACAUUGCACGCCGAACUGGCGAUCACGCCAGAAGUAUCUUUGCGACGGAUGACUCCGAAGCUCACUCGCCCUGACUCUCUCGAUCUGGAGUCGUUGCAAGUGAGAAGCAUGGACCAUGCCCCACCAAAAGCAUCGCUGGCUUUUGUUAUGAAAUUGGCGUUUCAGAGCAUUGGGGUGGUAUACGGAGAUCUUGGUACCUCCCCACUGUAUGUAUACAGCAGUACCUUUACCCACGGCAUCAAAAAGAACCAUGACAUUCUGGGCGUGCUCUCUCUGAUCAUCUACACGCUCAUCACCAUCCCCCUCAUCAAAUAUGUUUUCAUCGUCCUUCGGGCUAACGACAAUGGUGAAGGUGGUACAUUUGCGAUGUAUUCAUUAAUUUGUCGGCAUGCCAAGAUCACAUUGGAUCACAACCGACACCCAACUGAUCGAAACAUUUCAAGCUACGUACUGUUGAAACCAUCUUCGAGGAUGACCAGGGCUAUGCGCGUUAAGGAGGAGCUGGAAAACAGCAGAGUUUGGCAGAAUAUUCUGCUUGUGGUUGUUUUGUUGGGACCAUGUUUGGUGAUUGGCGAUGGUUCACUCACCCCUGCUAUUUCAGUACUUUCAGCAAUUCAGGGAAUUGGCGUACAAGUGCAGGACUUAUCGGUGAUCAUUACGAUAGUAGUCUUGAUAGGUCUCUUUAGCCUUCAGCGAUUCGGCACUCACAAGGUGGCCUUCUUAUUUGGUCCGGUGAUGCUGUGUUGGUUUUUCUCCAUCGGCGCUAUUGGAUUGAUCAAUAUUGUUCGAUGGGAUCCCUCCGUAUUCAGGGCUUUCAAUCCUUACUACGCUGUCUCCUACUUCAUCAGGAACAAACAACAGGCGUGGGCUUCACUGGGAGGUGUUGUACUGUGCAUCACAGGGAGUGAGGCGAUGUUCGCAGAUUUGGGCCAUUUCACUGUAAAAUCGAUGCAGAUUGCCUUCUCGUUCUUUGUGUUCCCCGCGCUGCUGUGCGCCUAUAUUGGCCAGGCAGCUUUUCUCAUGAAGAACCAAUCUAUGGAUGAUGUGACCUACACAUUCUACCGAUCCAUUCCAAAGCCUGUUUACUGGCCAAUGUUCGCGGUUGCCACAUGUGCAGCGAUCAUCGCCAGUCAAGCAAUGAUUUCUGCGACAUACUCUAUGAUCCGCAACGCUAUGGCACUUGGUUGUUUCCCUCGGGUCACAAUCAUCCACACGUCGAUGAAGGUGCACGGCCAGAUCUAUAUCCCCGAAAUAAACUGGAUGCUCAUGGUCUUGAGCAUAGUAAUUGUCGGUGGGUUUCGCAGUACCUCUGAGAUCGGUCACGCCUAUGGGAUCGCCGUGGUGGGAGUAUUUUUCAUCUCAACUUGCCUGCUCACGCUCAUCAUGAUCAUGAUCUGGCAGACCAACAUUUUUCUGUGUCUCUUAUUUUUCGUCGUGUUUGUGAUUAUCGAGGGAACUUACUUCUCGGCGGUACUAUCUAAGGUGACGCAAGGGGGAUGGGUUCCCCUCGUCAUUGCUGCUUGUUUUCUCACGGUGAUGUACUCGUGGCAUUUCGGAACUCGGAUGAAACGGCUCUAUGAAAUCUCCCAGAAGCUUUCAGGGGAUUGGGUGCUCUCAGUCGACCAUAGCCUGGAGAUCUCGCGGGUUCCUGGAGUGGGGCUUGUGUACACUGAGCUUCCGCAGCGCGUUCCUGCAAUUUUCGACCACAUUAUUAGGAUUUUACCCGCCAUACACUCCACUCUAGUGUUUGUAUGCAUUAGGCACAUUGCUGUGAGUGCCGUCCCAGAUGACGAGCGUAUCCUCUUUCGAAGACUCGGCCCGAGAAACUAUCGCAUGUUCCGAUGUGCUGUCCGCUAUGGCUACACCGAUCUCCAUUCAGAAUCAGAUGGUGAAAGCUUUGAAGCUAUGCUGCUGGCGAGCUUAGAAAGGUUCAUAAGAACGGAGGCUGUGGAGCAAGCUCCUGAUUUCAUUGUUGGUGAUUCCCCUGGCGUAACAUCGCCGGGCCAGUAUUCCGUCGGUUGCGAUUGCGAGUCGACGUCAGUGUUGUUCGACCGCACAGACCAAUCCGACAUCAAUUUUCAGAUGUCGCAGGAAUGGAAAAGGCCUUAUAGUGCGGAAGAUCUGGUGACGGGACACGACAAUUCCACCGCCGAAGAGCUUGCGUUGCUGCAGAAGGGGAGAGAAGCAGGAGUGGCGUAUUUGCUUGGCGACAUUGAUUUGCAUGCGAAGAGUGACUCUGGGUGGUACAAGCGAGUCAUCGUCAACCACAUUUACAGCUUCUUGCGAAGGAAUUGCCGAAGAAAUGAGUUGUACCUGAGUAUCCCCAAGGCAAGGUUGCUUAAAGUGUGCAUGGAAUAUUAUAUCUGACUGACCAAUCUGCCAAAUCGUAAUUUCUGAGCAACACCUCGCACGGACUGGUAACAUAGACAAUAUGAUAUCAGCGAGAUGUGCGAGGUGAGGGGUGUAAGGAUUUUCUCAGGAACUCGGUCCUCCAUUCAUUGAGGAAUAACCAUAGCGAGCAUUCCACGCCAGAAUCUAUUUGAUGCUGGUGGUGAGAAGUAUCAGAGGUUUUCGCCAUCGCUGGACCCAUCUGUGUGACAGUUGGGUCAUCUGCCCGAAUAGGUACAGGUAAUAUUGUGCAGUCGACUCAACACAAAAUCAUUCUGUGUACUCACCAUCAUGGCGUUGUCAUGGCGACCACAUGCAAUCAUCUUCCACCAU